UUCACGCCGUCACAUCUGCCGGGACGCCGCUCUGUGCUCCUCCGCUGACGCGUGUGGCCCUCGGGGGACACGGGACGUGGCACGAUGACCGUGGCGGGGAUGAGAUGCCUGGUGACCGGGGCCAGCGGCUUCCUCGGCCACCGGAUCGUGCGGCUGCUGCUUGAGGAAGAGGAAGGUUUGGAUGAGAUCUGCUUGAUGGAUAAGACGCUGAGCGCCGACCUCCUGAGGACCCGUGAGGAGUUCCAGGGGAAGGCGUCCGUGAAGCUGCUGCGGGGGGACAUCCGAGAUGAAGAAUUCCUUCAGCAGUGCUGCCGGGGGGUGGACCUGGUCAUUCACACGGCCGCCAUCAUAGACACGGUGGGCAAGAUUAACAAGGAGACCCUCAUGGCUAUCAACGUGACCGGCACGGAGCGGCUCCUGGAGGCCUGCGUGCGGAACAACGUGCGCUACUUCAUCUACACCAGCAGCGUGGAGGUGGUCGGACCCAACACCAGAGGCGAUCCCAUCACCGACGGCCACGAGGAGCAGCUCUACGACAGCAACCUCAGCUUCUCCUACGGGCAGAGCAAGAGGCUGGCCGAGCAGAAGGUGCUGAAGGCCAACGGCCGGGCGCUCAAAGAUGGCGGCACUCUGGUCACCUGCUCCUUGAGGCCGAUGUACAUUUACGGCGAGGGCUCCCAGUUCCUGGAGCUGCACCUGGACCAGGCCAUCCUGAACGGCGGCGUCUUCCUGCGACAGUCCCGGAAGGAAGCUCUGGUGAACCCGGUGUACGUGGGGAACGUCGCCUGGGCUCACGUCCAGGCUGCCCGGGCCAUGAGGGACCCGGACAAGGCCCAGGAGAUAGGAGGAAACUUCUACUACAUCUCCGACGACACCCCGCACCUCAGCUACUCCGACUUCAACCACGUCCUGGGCCAAGAGCUGGGGCUGGGAGUGGAGUCCAGGCCGGCCCUUCCUUACCCUCUUCUGUACUACGUGGCCCUCCUGCUGGAGGUGCUGAGCUUCCUGGCCAAGCCGUUCGUGAGGUUUGUCCCUCCGUUCACCCGACACCUCGUCGUCCUGCUGAACACUCACUUUACUUUCUCCUACAGAAAGGCCCGGAAGGAUCUGGGCUACGAACCGCGCUACGGCUGGGAGGAGGCCAGGCGCCUGACCACGGCCUGGAUCGCUGAGGCGUUACCCCGGCGGAGGGAGCAGCUGAACAAGAGCAAGCGCUUUUAGUACUGAUUUAGCUAUACAUUAUACAGGGGCCGGCUUGCUGAUUUAGCUAUACAUUAUAUGAUGUAUAUCCUGUUAUAUUUUUAAUGCACCAUUUUGUAAUAACAGUAAUA